AUGUGGCGACCGUCCCGGCUUUGCCACUUCCACUCUGCCCUGCUGCUGAGCCGGAGGAAGCCCUGGCCAGCCCCCGCUGCCUUCUUUAGGAGGAGCGUUCGGGCCCUGCAGGCAAGCUCUGGGCGCCCCAAGCCACUGUGGAAGAAAAUGGUGUCCACCACGGUGGUGGGGGUGCCCCUGCUGCUUGGCGUCCGAUACUUCACCGCAGAGGCGCGGGAGAGGAGAAGGAUGCGGCUCGUGGUGGAUGGCGUUGGCCGUUUCAGCAGGUCCUUGCGCAUCGGCCUGCAGAUCUCCCUGGACUACUGGUGGUGCACGAACAUCCUCCUGCAGGGUGUGGAUGAGAACAGCCCGAGGUACGUGGAGGUGAUGUCUGCAUGUCACCAGCGGUCAGCCGAUGCCCUGGUGGCUGGGGCCAUCAGCAAUGGGGGGCUCUACAUCAAGCUGGGCCAGGGGCUGUGUUCUUUCAACCACCUGCUGCCCCCUGAGUACAUCAAGACCCUGCGUGUGCUGGAGGACAGAGCCCUCACACGGCGAUUCCGGGAGGUGGACGAGCUUUUCCUGGAGGAUUUCCAUGCGCCGGCCCACGAGAUAUUCCAGGAGUUUGACUACCGGCCAAUAGCUGCCGCCAGCCUGGCCCAGGUGCACAGGGCCAAACUGCACGAUGGCACCGACGUGGCCGUGAAGGUGCAGUACAUUGACCUGCGGGACCGGUUCGACGGGGACAUCUACACCCUGGAGCUGCUGCUGCAGCUGGUGGGGCUCAUGCACCCCAGCUUCGGCUUCAGCUGGGUCCUCCAGGACCUGAAGGGGACGCUGGCGCAGGAGCUGGACUUUGAGAAGGAGGGCCGCAACGCGGAGCGCUGUGCGCGGGACCUGCAACACUUCCACUAUGUUGUGGUGCCCCGUGUGCACUGGGACAAGACCAGCAAGCGUGUGCUGACCGCAGACUUCUGCGAAGGUUCCAAGGCCAACGACCUGGAGGCCCUCAAGGCACAGGGUCUGAUGGAGAAGGACGUCGCCCGGAAGCUGAUUGAGGUCUUCGCGGAACAGAUCUUUGACACAGGCUUCAUCCACUCAGACCCGCACCCUGGGAACAUUCUGGUGCGGAAAGGCCUGGACGGGAAGGCGGAGCUGGUGCUGCUGGACCACGGGCUCUACCAGUUUCUGGAUGAGAAGGACCGCUCGGCACUGUGCCAGCUAUGGCGAGCCAUCAUCCUGCGGGACGACGCAUCAAUGAAGGUGCACGCUGCCACACUUGGGGUGCAAGACUACCUGCUGUUCUGUGAGGUGCUGAUGCAGCGGCCGGUGCGCCUGGGCCAGCUGUGGCGCUCACACCUGCUGAGCCGUGAGGAGGCCGCCUACAUGCAGGACAUGGCUCGCGAACACUUCGAGGACAUCAUGAGAGUGCUCAAGGCCCUGCCACGGGCCAUGCUGCUCGUGCUCCGCAACAUCAACACCGUGCGCGCCCUCAACACCUCUCUCGGUGCCCCCGUGGACCGCUACUUCCUCAUGGCCAAGAGUGCCGUCAAGGGCUGGAGCCGCCUGGUGGGCGCCUCGCACCAGGGCAUCUACCGCUUCAGCUUCUUGCGGCAAAUGAAGGUUGUGUGGGAGACGCUCAAGUUCGAAGUAGCCCUGAGGCUGGAGAUCUUGCUGAUGCGGCUCACGGCCCUGGCAGUCCGCACCCUGGUGCAGGUGCACCUCAUGGAGGAACCCGAGGGCUUAUACGAGUACCUGGAGACCUAG